AUGGUUCGAGAAUCUUCACUACCUACUUCAUUAUUAAAUCGCUAUGUUAGAUUUGUAGACUUCUUGGACUACGUGCAUUUUGGAAUAGCAGAUUUCGUAGAAGAAACGCGGCAGCGAUUUGGAAAAUUACUAUGUAUAUUGCUUACGGUUGUCGUUAUCUUUGUUGCAGUUACAAUAGUAAUUUCAAUCAUCAUCUGUAUAGUUCUGGCAGUUCAGCAUAAAAAAGAGGAAACUUCUGACGCAGCAACAACGCAAACGUCAGGUUAG